AUGAGUCCAACAUCAGAGACAGCAACAUCAUCAGGUCGCAGCUUUGAGGCUGCUCAGAGACCUUCAGAUGAUUUGUUGUACCCCUCACAUGUGAAGCUGGGCACCCUGCAGAAGGCGACUGUCGCAGUCCUGUCUGCUAUUGGAGCAAGCCUGAACCCAGCACGAGCGGACCUGGUUGCUGCCCUGGGCGAAACAACCGGCGAGAGGGCGCUGCGGAGCAUGCGCGCCCGCAUGCAAGCCAGCGCCACCGGCCGCAUAAUUCUGGAGGAACGACCCCGCAUCACGGCAAGCACCUCGGUCCUGGUUCCCAGCCUGCCGGAGGGAACGUUCGGCCGCGCGUACGGCGAGUUUAUGCGCCACAGAAAAUUCCUGGCCAGCGAUCGGCCGCCGGUGCGCUUCGUAGACGACGAGGAGCUGGCUUAUGUGGCGCAGCGCUCGCGAGAGGUGCAUGACCUGUGGCACGUCCUGUUCAAUUGCAAGACGACCGUCCUCGGGGAGCUCGCCCUCAAAGCGGUCGAGUUUGUGCAGACGGGCAUGCCCAUGACAGCGUUGUCGGUGGUGGGGGCUUCGUGGCGCCUCAAGGCUCAGGACCGCAGCCGCCUCAUAAACGAGCUGCUGCCCUGGGCAGUGCACGCCGGAUCGCGCAGCGCAGACCUCAUGUGCCUCUACUACGAGAAGCACUUCGAGGAGGGCCUGGAAGAUGUGCGGCACAGAUGGCGCAUGAUACCAGCCCCCUUUGAUGGCUGA